AACAGUUAGACGUCUUGUGUCAAAAAUUUUGUCUCGUCUGCAAUUUGGGAAGAGUGAAAAUUUUUAUCCUGCAAUUUUGUGUUGAAAACUAAUAUAUUUCGCUAUUGCUUGAGUGCAAAUCAUGGGUGAUUCCAUGGAGAGCACGGAAACACCGGCGGACUCGCAGAAUGUGGCAAUUGUGGAGUAUGGGGCGUUCGCAAAUUAUCUACGUAAAGCAACCACCAUCUUGCUGCCGGAGGAGGACGUGGUGCCGCCCGCUCUCAAUCUGGCCCUCGAAGAUCGUUCCAACCAGGAGAAUAUUCGCAAAUUCCUCAGCGACUCCCAGGUGCAGGCGCUGUAUAUCCAGCGCUGUUGCUCCAAAGAGGAUGAAAACGACCAAACACCAGAAGGCGAUGAAGAGAAAGAGUUGGUGACCUACUACAUCAGCAAUGAGGUCAUCUACUCCAACCAUCGCAUGACAUCUCUUGUUUGCAUUAAACGCGGUGGAGUUGUGGAAGCUGACAAAUCAAUCCACUCGCAGGUGCGCCUCAUUAACUUUUCGGAAGGCUCCCCCUAUGAGACCCUCCAUGCUUUCAUCAGUAAAUCCCUGGCACCCUACUUCAAGAGCUACAUCAAGGAAUCCGGGCGUGCUGAUCGUGAUGGGGACAAGAUGGUGCCGAGUGUGGAGAAAAAGCUGGCAGAGUUGGAAAUGGGAUUGCUGCACUUGCAGCAGAACAUCGAUAUCCCAGAAAUUUCACUUAUUGUGCACCCCAUUGUGAGCCAGACGAUUAAAAAGUGUACUGACGAUGGGUAUAAGGCAAAAGUCGGGGAUUUUGGAGACAAAGUGGAGGAUUCUUCUUUUCUCAAUCAGCUGCAGAAUGGUGUUAAUCGCUGGAUUAAGGAGAUACAGAAGGUGACAAAGCUCGAUAGGGAUCCAUCGAGUGGAACGGCAUUGCAGGAAGUCUCCUUCUGGCUGAAUCUUGAGCGAGCCCUUCAUAGAAUUCAGGAGAAACGUGAAUCACUCGAAGUGACUCUAACACUGGAUAUUCUGAAGCACGGGAAGCGUUUCCAUGCGAUUGUCUCCUUUGACACGGAUACUGGAUUGCAGCAAGCACUCGCAAUGGUUGCCGACUACAAUCCCCUGAUGAAGGACUUUCCCAUUAAGGAUUUGCUUUCGGCAACGGAAUUAGAGAAGAUACGUUCGGCAGUUCAGUCGAUUUUUUCGCAUUUGCGCAAAGUCCGUAGCACCAAGUAUCCGAUACAACGUGCCCUUAGACUUAUUGAAGCCAUUUCGCGGGAUUUGAGUCAGCAAUUGCUGAAAGUUCUCGGCACACGGCGUCUCAUGCACAUCCCCUUUGAUGAGUUUGAGCGUGUGAUGAAUCAGUGCUUCGAGGUGUUCAGCUGCUGGGAUGAUGAGUAUGACAAGUUGCAGGCACUUAUGCGAGAUAUUGUGAAAAAGAAGCGUGACGAGCAGCUAAAGAUGGUGUGGCGCGUGAAUCCGGCGCACAAGAAACUCCAAGUGCGCAUGGAGAAUAUGCGAAAGUUUCGACGACAACAUGAGCAACUUCGCACGGUAAUUUUACGUGUUCUCCGUCCAUCGCGUCAGGCUGAGAGUGCCCAAGGCGACAGCAUUCCGGAGACGAAGCAACCGUACAGCUUAGAAUCGACCGAUGCAAAUGCCAUCGAGGAAGUGAACUUGGCCUAUGAGAAUGUCAAGGAAGUAGAGUGUCUCGAUAUCACCAAGGAGGGUACUGAGGCAUGGGAUGCAGCCGUUAAACGGUAUGAGGAGCGUAUUGAUCGCGUCGAAACAAGGAUCACUGCUCAUCUACGUGAUCAGCUUGGCACAGCUAAGAAUGCCAAUGAGAUGUUUCGCAUUUUUUCCCGGUUCAAUGCCCUCUUUGUGCGUCCGCACAUCCGCGGGGCUAUUCGUGAGUAUCAAAUACAACUGAUUCAGCGCGUUAAGGACGAUAUUGAGGCACUACAUGAGAAGUUUAAGGUGCAGUACCCGCAGAGUAAGAGCUGCCGCAUUUCCAAUGUGAGGGAUUUGCCUCCAGUUGCGGGAUCAAUAAUUUGGGCUCGUCAAAUUGACAAUCAACUUACAAUGUAUCUCAAGAGGGUAGAAGAUGUUCUCGGCAAGGGCUGGGAGUCACACAUUGAGGGGCAGAAGCUAAAGAAUGAUGGUGAUAGCUUCAGGGCGAAAUUGUCCACGUUUGAUGUUUUUCAAGAUUGGGCACGUAAGGUGCAAGAAAGGAAUUUUGGCAUAAGCGGAAGGAUUUUUACAAUUGAAUCCAGUCGUUCGCGCACUGGACGUGGCAAUGUCCUCAAACUAAAGGUGAAUUUUCUACCGGAGAUCAUUAUGCUGUACAAGGAGGUUCGCAAUUUGAAAAGUCUAGGAUUUAGGGUUCCACUGGCAAUCGUGAACAAGGCUCAUCAAGCAAAUCAAAUCUAUCCUUUUGCUAUUUCUCUAAUCGAAAGUGUUCGCACCUACGAAAGGACUCUAGACAAGAUUGAGGAUCGUGCUAGCAUUGUUCCCCUUGUGGCUGGUUUGCGCAAAGAUGUUCUCGCGCUCAUUUCCGAGGGAAUCCAGUUGGUGUGGGAGAGCUACAAGCUUGAUCCAUAUGUGCAGCGUCUAUCGGAGUGUGUUGUGGCAUUUCAGGAGAAAGUAGAGGAUCUCCUUGUGGUUGAGGAGCAACUUGAUGUGGAUGUUCGUUCACUGGAGACAUGUCCCUACAGUGCUGCUACCUUUGCGGACAUUCUAUCGAAGAUACAGCAUGCUGUUGAUGAUUUGUCGUUGCGUCAGUACUCAAAUCUCAAUGUUUGGGUAUCGCGACUCGAUGAAGAGGUGGAAAAGAAAUUGGCAGCUCGUCUACAGGCUGGUAUUCAGGCAUGGACUGAUGCAUUAACGGGAAAUAAAAAGGAAGUGGAUUUGUCAAUGGAUACCGAUGCACCGGCACAGCCUACGCACAAACCUGGUGGUGAGCCACAGAUCUUGAAUGCAAUUCACGAGAUUCGUAUUACAAAUCAGCAAAUGUAUCUUUAUCCAUCAAUUGAGGAGGCCAGAUUCCAGAUAAUGCAGCAACUUUUUGCAUGGCAAGCCAUUGUGACGUCUCAGACUCGUCUGCAGAGUUCACGGUAUCAAGUUGGUUUGGAUAAGCCGGUUUCUCAAACGUACAGGAAUCUACUUACAAAGCUACCAACUGGUUCGGAGACCAUUGAGCAUGCCUACGAUGCAAUUGAAGGGAAAAUCGGUGAAGUUCGUGUGUACGUCGAUGAAUGGCUCCGCUAUCAGAGCCUCUGGGAUCUUCAACCUGAUAUCCUAUACGGACGUCUCGGGGAGGAUAUUAACUUGUGGAUCAAGUGCUUGAAUGAUAUCAAGAAGUCACGUACCACUUUCGAUACAUCCGACACACGUCGUGCGUAUGGACCAGUUGUCAUUGACUAUGCAAAAGUGCAGGCAAAGGUAACCCUUAAGUAUGAUUCGUGGCACAAGGAGGCUCUAAGCAAGUUUGGGACACUUCUUGGAAAUGAAAUGACCAGCUUCCAUGGGAAAGUGUCUAAAUCUCGUAGCGAUCUAGAGCAGCAAAGUAUUGAAGCUGCCAGUACUUCCGAUGCAGUUAGCUUCAUUACAUACGUGCAAUCGCUAAAGAAGGAGAUGCUAAUUUGGGAUAAGCAAGUUGAGGUCUACCGCGAGGCUCAGAGAAUUCUCGAACGUCAACGCUUUCAAUUUCCAAAUACGUGGCUACACGUGGAUAACAUCGAGGGUGAAUGGUCGGCAUUUAAUGAGAUCAUGAAGCGCAAGGAUUCAGCCAUUCAGACACAGGUUGCGAGUCUUCAGGCAAAGAUUGUGGCCGAAGAUAAGGCCGUUGAAGCGCGUACAGGAGACUUUUUGAAUGAUUGGGAGAAAAAUAAGCCAACAGGUGGACGUAUUCGACCAGAUGAUGCCCUUCAGCAGCUCCAAAUGUUCGAGAGCAAGUUCUCACGGCUAAAGGAAGAACGCGAUAAUGUGGCAAAAGCCAAGGAAGCACUUGAGCUCCAAGAGUCGGCAAUUCAAAACAAUAGUGGUGAAAGGAUGAAUGUUGUGCUUGAGGAAUUGCAGGAUUUGCGUGGAGUUUGGAGUGAAUUGGCAAAAAUUUGGUCACAAAUUGAUGAAACACGUGAGAAGCCAUGGUUGUCCGUGCAACCGCGUAAGCUUCGUCAUUCAUUGGAAACAAUGCUCAGCCAACUGAAGGAGCUACCUGCUCGUUUGAGAAUGUACGAGAGCUAUGAAUACGUGAAGAAGCUCCUCCAGAGCUAUAUAAAGGUAAACAUGUUGAUUAUUGAGCUAAAAUCGGAUGCCCUGAAGGAACGACAUUGGAAACAACUCACAAGGCAACUGAAAGUCAAUUGGAUCCUCUCUGAUUUGACUCUUGGGCAAGUUUGGGACAUCAAUCUCCUCAAGAAUGAAGCAAUUGUCAAGGAUAUCAUCCUCGUGGCACAAGGAGAAAUGGCCCUGGAGGAAUUCCUUAAGCAAGUUCGUGAAUCAUGGCAAAAUUACGAAUUGGACUUAAUAAAUUACCAAAACAAGUGUCGCAUUAUUCGUGGAUGGGAUGAUCUGUUUAAUAAAGUCAAAGAACAUAUUAAUUCCGUGGCAGCGAUGAAACUCUCGCCGUACUACAAAGUUUUCGAAGAAGAAACCCUUACGUGGGAGGAGAAACUAAAUCGCAUUAAUGCUCUCUUUGAUGUGUGGAUCGAUGUUCAACGGCGCUGGGUGUAUCUAGAGGGAAUCUUUUCAGGCAGUGCUGAUAUCAAGACUCUCCUACCCGUGGAAACGUCUCGUUUCCAGAGUAUCAGUUCGGAAUUUUUGGGAUUGAUGAAGAAAGUUGCAAAAUCCCCCAAAGUUAUGGAUGUUCUCAAUAUUCCAGCUGUACAGCGAUCCUUGGAACGCCUUGCAGAUCUCCUUGGGAAAAUUCAGAAAGCCCUGGGAGAGUAUCUUGAGCGUGAAAGAACAUCCUUCCCACGAUUCUACUUUGUGGGCGAUGAGGAUCUUCUCGAGAUUAUUGGCAACAGCAAGAAUGUAGCUCGUCUACAGAAGCAUUUCAAGAAGAUGUUUGCCGGAGUCGCGUCAAUUAUUCUCAAUGAAGACAACACUAUUGUCUUGGGGAUUGCAUCGCGUGAAGGUGAGGAAGUCCGUUUUGUUCAUCCAGUUUCAACUGUUGAGCACCCGAAGAUCAAUGAAUGGCUUAGUAUGGUGGAGAAAGAGAUGCGUUUCACACUUGCUUCAUAUCUGGCUCAAGCUGUGCAAGAUAUAAAGCAAUUCAAGGAUGGGCAGAUUGAUCCGCAAAAGUAUAUGGAAUGGUGUGACAAGUAUCAAGCACAGAUUGUUGUUCUAGCAGCUCAGAUUCUAUGGUCUGAAGACGUAGAGUCAGCUCUGCAGCAAAGUACGGAGAAUACUGGUGGGAAGAAUCCACUAAAUCGCGUUUUGGCUACAGUUGAGGCGACACUUAAUGUGCUGGCAGAUUCAGUACUACAGGAACAACCAGCGUUGCGACGUCGCAAGCUAGAGCAUUUGAUUAAUGAAUUUGUCCACAAGAGAACAGUUACACGACGUUUGUUGGCAAAUAAGGUGACAAAUCCGAAAUCCUUCCAAUGGCUCUGUGAGAUGCGCUUCUACUUUGAUCCCCGUCAAACGGAGGUUCUGCAGCAACUAACAAUUCACAUGGCAAAUGCAAAAUUCUUCUAUGGAUUUGAAUAUUUAGGCGUUCAAGAUCGCCUUGUUCAGACACCCCUUACAGAUCGCUGCUAUCUCACCAUGACACAGGCCCUCGAAUCCCGUCUCGGUGGGUCACCCUUUGGUCCAGCUGGUACAGGAAAGACGGAAUCAGUUAAAGCUCUUGGCCAUCAACUUGGCCGUUUUGUCUUGGUCUUCAAUUGCGACGAAACAUUCGACUUUCAAGCUAUGGGUCGUAUUUUUGUGGGACUGUGUCAAGUCGGAGCUUGGGGAUGUUUUGAUGAAUUUAAUCGUUUAGAAGAAAGGAUGCUUUCUGCGGUAUCACAGCAAAUUCAAACCAUUCAGGAGGCCCUUAAAUCUCAUCAGGAUAGCAACAAAGACACUCAAAGUAUCUCUGUUGAAUUGGUGGGAAAACAAGUUCGUGUGUCAUCUGAUAUGGCAAUCUUUAUCACGAUGAAUCCUGGCUAUGCGGGACGAUCAAAUCUUCCGGAUAAUUUGAAGAAACUUUUCCGUUCGUUGGCCAUGACAACACCUGAUCGUCAACUCAUUGCCGAAGUUAUGCUCUUCAGUCAGGGCUUCCGUUCAGCCGAGAAGCUUGCUUGCAAGAUUGUUCCAUUCUUCAAGCUCUGCGAUGAGCAACUCUCCAAUCAAUCGCAUUACGAUUUUGGAUUGCGUGCCUUGAAAUCCGUUCUUGUGUCAGCUGGCAAUGUUAAGCGUGAUCGCAUUAUGAAGAUUAAGGAUAAUAUGAAGCAACGUGGUGAAGAAAAUAUCGAUGAGGCAUCCAUUGCGGAAAAUCUCCCAGAGCAAGAGAUUCUCAUUCAAUCCGUCUGUGAGACGAUGGUGCCAAAACUCGUGGCUGAGGAUAUUCCAUUGCUUUUCUCCCUACUAAGUGAUGUCUUCCCGAAUGUCAAGUAUACACGGGCUGAGAUGCAGGGACUCAAGACGGAAAUCCGAAAAGUUUGUGCCGAGGAGUACCUUGUGUGUGGAGAAGGGGAUGAGCAGGGAUGUGCAUGGAUGGAGAAGGGAUUCGGAGAGACGUGGGUGGAAAAAGUUCUACAAUUGUAUCAAAUCUCCAAUCUCAAUCAUGGUUUAAUGAUGGUUGGACCAUCGGGAUCGGGUAAAUCAACAGCCUGGAAGGUUCUUUUGAAGGCUCUCGAGAGAUUCGAGGGUCUCGAGGGGGUUGCCCAUGUCAUUGAUCCCAAAGCUAUCUCCAAAGAGGCACUGUAUGGAGUUUUGGAUCCGAACACACGUGAAUGGACCGACGGUCUGUUUACGCAUAUUCUCAGAAAGAUUAUUGACAAUGUUCGCGGUGAGAUUAAUAAACGCCAAUGGAUUAUCUUUGAUGGGGACGUCGAUCCGGAAUGGGUGGAGAAUUUGAAUUCAGUUCUCGAUGACAACAAACUCCUCACCCUACCUAAUGGUGAACGUCUCUCGUUGCCGCCAAAUGUGAGAAUAAUGUUUGAGGUGCAAGAUUUGAAAUUUGCAACACUCGCUACGGUUUCUCGGUGCGGUAUGGUUUGGUUCUCAGAAGAUGUUUUAUCCACGGAGAUGAUCUUUGACAAUUACAUGAUGCGCCUCAAGCAUAUCCCGCUCGAGGACACGGACGAUGAUUACUUUGCGUCAGCCGGGAAGGAGAAAAAAGACGAUGAAGCAUCCCCAGCAUUGCAGACACAAAGAGAGGUUGCAGCACUUUUGCAAUCCUAUUUCGCAGCAGAUGGUCUUGUUGUACGAUGCCUUGAGUAUGCCAUGGAACAGGAGCAUAUUAUGGAUUUCACACGUCUACGUGCCCUCAGCUCGCUUUUCUCAAUGCUCAAUCAAGCAGCAAGGAAUGUUCUCAUUUUCAAUGCUCAACAUCCCGAUUUUCCCGUAACAUCUGAGCAACUUGAACAAUUUAUCCCAAAAGCUUUGGUCUAUUCGCUCUUGUGGUCCUUUGCUGGGGAUGCUAAAUUGAAGGUUCGCUCGGAUUUGGGAGACUUCAUUCGUAGUGUCACCACAAUUGGGUUACCAAGCAACACGGGAGCACCCAUUAUUGAUUAUGAAGUCAGCAUCAAUGGCGAUUGGCUUCCGUGGUCCAACAAAGUUCCCGUUAUUGAGGUGGAAACGCACAAAGUUGCCGCUCCGGAUGUCGUUGUUCCCACAUUGGAUACAGUGAGGCAUGAAUCACUACUGUACACCUGGUUGGCUGAACAUAAGCCAAUUGUCCUCUGUGGACCUCCUGGAUCGGGAAAAACAAUGACACUUUUCUCAGCACUGAGAGCCCUUCCUGAUAUGGAGGUGGUUGGUUUGAAUUUCUCAUCAGCCACCACACCGGAACUCCUACUGAAGACCUUUGAUCACUACUGUGAGUACCGUAAGACCCCGAAUGGUGUUAUUCUGGCACCCGUGCAAAUUGGCAAGUGGUUGGUGCUGUUUUGCGAUGAAAUCAAUUUGCCGGACAUGGAUUCAUAUGGGACACAACGUGUAAUCUCAUUCCUGAGGCAGUUGGUUGAACAUAAGGGCUUCUAUAGGGCCGGUGAUCAAUCUUGGGUAACGCUGGAGCGUAUCCAAUUUGUUGGGGCGUGCAAUCCACCAACUGAUCCGGGACGAAAGCCACUCUCGCAUCGAUUCUUGCGCCACGUGCCCAUUAUCUAUGUAGAUUACCCAGGAGAGACGUCGCUCAAGCAAAUUUACGGCACAUUCAGUCGCGCAAUGCUGCGAAUGAUGCCAUCGCUGCGUGGUUAUGCUGAACCAUUGACCAACGCAAUGGUGGAAUUUUAUCUAGCAUCGCAAGAUCGCUUCACGCAAGACAUGCAGCCGCACUAUGUCUAUUCACCACGUGAAAUGACAAGAUGGGUGAGAGGAAUUUGCGAAGCCAUCCGACCUCUUGAUACUCUAGCUGUAGAGGGUUUGGUACGUCUAUGGGCACAUGAGGCACUUCGGCUCUUCCAAGAUCGUCUUGUGGAGGAAUCUGAACGGCGGUGGACGAAUGAGAAUAUCGAUAUUGUUGUGGCAAAGCAUUUCCCAUCGGUGGAUCACGACAAAGCCCUCGCCAGACCUAUUCUUUACAGUAAUUGGCUCUCUAAGGACUACAUGCCGGUUAAUCGUGAUGAAUUGCGUGACUAUGUAAAGGCACGCCUUAAGAUUUUCUACGAAGAAGAACUGGAUGUGCCACUUGUGUUGUUUGAUGAGGUGCUGGAGCAUGUUUUGCGCAUCGAUCGAAUCUUCCGGCAGCCUCAGGGGCAUUUAUUGCUGAUUGGUGUGUCGGGAGCGGGAAAGACAACGCUGUCGCGUUUCGUGGCAUGGAUGAAUGGGUUAUCUGUGUUCCAGAUAAAAGUACACAAUAAGUACACGAGUGAGGACUUUGAUGAGGACCUCAGGUCUGUACUGAGACGUUCUGGGUGCAAAGAUGAGAAGAUUGCAUUCAUUUUGGAUGAGUCAAAUGUGCUAGAUUCGGGAUUCUUAGAGAGAAUGAAUACCCUCUUGGCCAAUGGAGAAGUUCCUGGGCUUUUCGAGGGUGAUGAAUACACAACGCUCAUGACGCAGUGCAAGGAAGGAGCACAGAGAGAGGGCUUGAUGCUAGAUUCAAGCGAUGAACUCUACAAAUGGUUCACACAGCAGGUGAUGCGUAAUCUUCACGUUGUCUUCACAAUGAAUCCAUCGACGGAUGGCCUGAAAGAUAGAGCUGCCACGUCUCCAGCUCUCUUCAAUCGAUGUGUCCUGAAUUGGUUUGGUGAUUGGUCCGAAUCGGCGCUCUUCCAAGUAGGCAAGGAGUUUACAAUUCGUGUGGAUCUUGAGAAGCCAAAUUGGACAGCCCCGGACUUUUUCCCAUCUGCUUGUCCUCUCAUCCCGGCAACGCCCAAUCAUCGCGAUGCUGUCAUCAAUGCUUGCGUCUAUGUACACCAAACCCUCCACAAGGCCAAUGCACGUCUUGCAAAACGCGGUGGACGUACCAUGGCAAUCACACCACGUCACUAUCUCGACUUCAUUCAUCACAUGGUGAAGUUGUACAAUGAAAAGCGAAGUGAUCUUGAGGAGCAGCAGCUGCAUCUCAAUGUUGGUCUCAAUAAGAUUGCCGAAACUGUGGAGCAGGUUGAGGAAAUGCAGAAAUCCUUAGCUGUAAAGUCGCAGGAAUUGCAAGCAAAGAAUGAUGCAGCCAAUGCAAAGUUGAAGCAAAUGUUCAAGGAUCAACAAGAGGCGGAAAAGAAGAAGGUGCAAUCGCAGGAAAUUCAGAUUCAAUUGGCCGAACAAACGGUGCAAAUUGAAGAGAAACGCAAGCGUGUCAUGGCUGAUUUGGCUCUCGUUGAACCAGCCGUUAUUGAUGCCCAACUUGCUGUAAAAUCGAUCAGGAAGCAGCAUCUCGUCGAAGUUCGUUCAAUGGCGAAUCCGCCGGCCGUUGUGAAAUUGGCACUCGAAUCGAUAUGUUUGCUGCUGGGUGAAAAUGCAUCCGACUGGAAAUCAAUUCGAGCUGUAAUCAUGCGAGAAAACUUUAUUAAUUCCAUUGUGUCUAACUUCAGUACUGAAGAUAUAACCGAUGAUGUACGUGAAAAGAUGAAGACGCGCUACCUUUCAAAUCCAGAAUAUAACUUUGAGAAAGUUAACCGUGCAAGUAUGGCUUGUGGUCCUAUGGUUAAAUGGGCAAUCGCUCAGAUUGAGUAUGCUGAUAUGUUAAAGAGAGUUGAACCACUCCGUGAUGAGCUACAAUCACUUGAAGAGCAGGCGCAAGUUAAUAUGAAGCAUGCUCAGGAUAUUAAGGAUUUAAUUGCUCAGUUGGAGCAGAGCAUUGCAGCCUAUAAGGAAGAGUAUGCCCAGUUGAUUUCUCAGGCGCAAGCAAUUAAGACGGAUCUUGAGAAUGUUCAGGCAAAGGUAGAUCGUUCGAUAGCUCUUCUGAAGAGUUUGAAUAUUGAGCGAGAACGGUGGGAGGCAACGAGUGAGACAUUCCGUUCGCAAAUGUCUACAAUUGUGGGUGAUGUCCUUCUAUCUGCGGCAUUUAUAGCCUAUGGAGGGUACUUUGAUCAGCACUACAGAAAUAAUCUCUUUACAACGUGGUGCCAACACCUUCAGGCUGCGAGUAUUCAGUACAGGGCUGACAUUGCAAGAACAGAGUAUCUAUCGAAUCCAGAUGAGAGACUAAGGUGGCAAGCAAAUGCCCUGCCAACGGAUGAUCUAUGCACGGAAAAUGCGAUCAUGCUGAAGAGAUUCAAUCGCUAUCCACUCAUAAUCGAUCCAUCAGGUCAGGCAACAGAGUUCAUAAUGAAUGAGUUUAAGGACAAGAAGAUUACAAAGACAAGCUUCCUGGAUGAUUCAUUUAGGAAGAAUCUAGAAUCAGCUCUUCGUUUUGGUAAUCCGCUUCUUGUUCAGGAUGUUGAAAACUACGAUCCCAUUCUCAAUCCGGUGCUCAACAAGGAGCUACGUCGAACUGGUGGACGUGUCUUGAUUUCUCUUGGAGAUCAAGAUAUCGAUUUGUCCCCUUCAUUUGUCAUCUUCCUAUCCACGAGGGAUCCAACAGUAGAAUUCUCUCCGGAUAUAUGUUCCCGUGUGACAUUUGUUAACUUUACCGUAACACGAAGUUCUCUGCAGAGUCAAUGCUUGAAUCAGGUACUCAAGGCUGAACGUCCGGAUAUCGACGAGAAGCGAUCGGACUUGUUGAAGUUGCAGGGUGAAUUCCAUUUGAGAUUGCGACAACUUGAAAAGAGUCUCCUUCAGGCGUUGAAUGAUGCCAAGGGAAAGAUUCUCGAUGAUGACUCAGUUAUUACGACACUUGAGACCCUCAAAAAGGAAGCAGCGGAUAUUGGGCAGAAGGUGGAGGAGACAGACAAGGUUAUUGCCGAGAUUGAGACUGUAUCGCAGCAGUAUCUUUCUCUAUCGCAAGCCUGCAGUAAUAUCUACUUCACCAUGGAUAGUCUCAAUCAAGUACAUUUCCUCUACCAGUACUCUCUGAAGAUGUUCCUGGACAUUUUCAGUACUGUCUUGUAUAAUAAUAACAGGCUUGAAGGUAUUACGGACUACACAACUCGUCUCGGAAUUAUAACGAAGGAUCUUUUUGCCGUGUGCUAUGAUCGCGUAGCCAGAGGAAUGCUUCAUGCUGACCGACUUACAUUUGCUCUUCUUUUGUGCCGAAUCCACCUCAAGGGCACAUCAGAGUCAAAUAUGGAUCAAGAGUUUAAUUUCUUUUUGCGCAAUAAGGAAGGAAUUGUUAGUGGACAGCAGAGAGUUGAGGGAUUGACGGGAGAACAACUUGAGGGUGUUAAUCGUUUAGCUACGCGCCUUCCCAUAUUCCGAAAGCUUCUUGAAAAAGUUAAAUCAAUUCCUGAACUCGGAGCAUGGCUACAGCAAGGUUCUCCGGAGCAGUGUGUUCCUCAACUAUGGGAUGAAUCAAAAGCUCUCUCUCCUAUCGUAUCAGCCAUGCAUCACUUGCUCUUGAUUCAGGCUUUCCGUCCUGAUAGAGUAAUUGCGGCAGCCAAUCUCUUUGUGGCUACAGUUCUAGGGGAAGAUUUCAUGCCGCUUGCUGAGAAAGAGUUGGACUUUGCAACCUGUGUGGAGAAACAGUUAACAUCAAAUACACCGGCUCUUUUGUGCUCAGUUCCAGGCUUCGAUGCUUCAAGUCGUGUAGAUGAUUUAGCAGCUGAGCUGAACAAACAAAUCUCCAGUAUUGCUAUUGGCUCAGCAGAAGGUUUCAAUCAGGCUGAAAGAGCGAUAAAUGCAGCUUGCAAGAGUGGACGGUGGGUGUUACUAAAGAACGUUCACCUCGCACCACAGUGGCUUGUGCAGUUGGAGAAGAAACUCCAUUCACUGCAGCCACAUGCUGCUUUCCGACUUUUCCUCACAAUGGAGAUCAGUCCACGUGUUCCUGUGAAUUUACUACGUGCUGGCAGGAUUUUCGUUUAUGAACCUCCACCGGGUAUUCGCGCCAAUCUUCUCAGGACUUUCUCAACUGUCCCCGCAGGACGAAUGAUGAAGCAACCCAGCGAGAGAGCACGACUCUACUUCCUUCUCGCGUGGUUCCAUGCAAUUGUACAGGAACGUCUACGGUAUGCUCCGCUUGGUUGGGCAAAGAAGUACGAGUUUAAUGAAUCAGAUCUACGCGUAGCUUGUGAUACUCUUGAUACGUGGAUCGAUGCCACAGCUAUGGGACGCACAAAUCUUCCCCCAGAGAAAGUUCCAUGGGAUGCUCUUGUUACACUUCUCUCCCAAAGUAUCUACGGCGGGAAGAUUGACAAUGACUUCGAUCAGCGUCUCCUACAGUCCUUCCUUGCUAAGCUCUUCACAGCGCGCAGCUUUGAGGGUGAUUUUGCCCUCGUGGCGAAUGUUGAUGGGGUCGCUGGGGGUCCCAAUGGGCAGCGACACAUCACAAUGCCAGAUGGGACGCGACGUGAUCAUUUCUUGAAAUGGAUUGAGGGUUUGGCAGAUCGUCAAACACCCUCGUGGCUGGGAUUGCCAAACAAUGCGGAAAGGGUACUCCUGACUACGCGUGGUACGGAUCUUAUAAGUAAAUUGCUAAAAAUGCAGCAGCUUGAGGAUGAUGAUGAAUUGGCAUACAGUUCGGCAGAUGAGAGUCUCGAUUUGACGCAGAUGAAACAAGAGGAUGGUCGUCCAUCGUGGAUGAAGACACUUCAUAACAGUGCAUCGUCAUGGUUGGAGUUGUUGCCUAAGUCACUAGCAACGCUCCGGAGGACCGUGGAAAACAUCAAGGAUCCGCUCUACAGAUACUUUGAGCGUGAAGUGGCUUCUGGGGCAAAAUUGCUGCAGACUGUCAUCUCUGAUUUGCAGGAUGUCGUGUUGAUUUGUCAAGGGGAGAAAAAGCAAACGAAUCACCAUCGGAGUAUGUUGAGUGAACUCGUAAGGGGUAUCAUUCCAGUGGGAUGGCGUAGAUAUACUGUCCCAGCGGGAUGUACAGUUAUUCAGUGGAUUACAGAUUUCAGCCACAGAGUGCAACAACUACAGAAAGUUUCCACCUUGGUGUCGCAGGCGGGUGCGAAGGAACUUCAGAGCUUCCCAGUGUGGCUUGGAGGACUUUUGAAUCCUGAAGCUUAUAUUACGGCAACACGACAGUGCGUAGCACAGGCCAAUAGUUGGUCACUGGAGGAGUUGGUGUUGGAUGUGACGAUAAAUGAGACCAAUUCAGAGGCUGAUCAGAAGGACAGCUGCUUCGGUGUGGUGGGAUUGAAAUUGCAAGGUGCCCAAUGUAAGAAUAACCAAUUGCUACUCACUUCCACCAUCAUGAUGGACCUACCCUUGACCCUGCUCAAAUGGUCACGAUCCACGACUGAACAUCGCUCUGGCAAGCUCACGUUGCCCGUUUAUUUGAACUCCACGCGAACGGAACUUCUUUUCACUGUGGAUUUGGCCGUUGCACCUGGGCAAGAUCCCCAUAGUUUCUACGAGAGAGGUGUGGCUGUUCUGACGUCCACGGCACUCAAUUAAGGAGGAGCAGAGAUGACGUACGAGCAAGAAAUAAAAAUGACGAUACACAGUGUUUUGGUGAAGGGCAGCAAAAAAUAAAUAAAAGAAGAAACCCAGUGAAAGAAUCCUCCUCUCACAGUAAUAUCUUUCAACUUGAAAAGUUUGCAAUUCAUUUUUUUUACCUUACCUAUGAAAUGCUUCCAAUAUUUAAUCUUUUUUUUUCACUCUUGAUCCACAUAAUAUGUAAUGCUUACAAGUUUAAAUAUUUAUGGGAAAAAUAUAUAAUGAAGCUCCCAAAGUAAUAACAUUAUAAAAUAUACAUAUAUUGUAAUCACAAUUUGUUCGCUUUAUAAAGCACACAAUUGAUGGGCACUUUCUUCCAAGGUGUAGCCAAAUGCUCCCUGGAGAUAUUAACGCUCUGUUUAAUUGAAAUAUAAAUAAUGCAAAAUGGUAUUAAAUAA